AUGAUCGAGGGAAUUAGAAGUGUCAAGAAUGACUUUAGUAGAAAGGAAGAGGUGCAACAGCAUGCGAAACGAGUGACCCAGCAUAACGUAUGGGUUGCGCGAGUGACCGAGAAGAGUGCAAAGGAGAGUGAGCGAGUAUACGGAAAUUACCUGGCGUAUAUGAGCGCAAGAGAAGCAAAUGCAAAGUGCCUGCUCGUGUUACGUCAUAAAGUGCGUGUGGACAGGUGCCAGGGGAGAGGCGGUGGCAUCUACGUGAAAGAGCUCCCCUUGACCCCCAAGCCCCCACCGCGGACCCCGCCACGCACCCCCCAGCGCCACCUCCCGCCCAAGGACCUCCCCAGCUCCCGAGACCCUGGCCCCUCCCUCCUCUCAAACCCUGUGCGCACCCUUGCACUGGCUCCCACGCAGCCCGCAACACCCGCACGGCCGCGGAUCGCCCAACCCAAUGCCCCCCCGCCCAAGCCAGCACCCGUCCCCAGCGCGACUUGCACAUCCCCGCCCGCACAAGGUGUGCAACUCCCCACCGCCCCCUCGCCCCCACUUGCAGCUUCCCGCCCCUCCGCCGCCCUCCCCACCUCGCGGCUCAGCUCCCCGCUGACCAUGCGUGCCGGCUCCACCCCCGCGCCCUUCCCCACCCCCGCGAGUCGGCCGCAUCACCCCCGCAGCCCACACCCACCCACCCGCGUCAAACCCUCGCCUCGGCGUCCCCCCCCCGCCCCCCUCUAUCGCCGCGCAACCACGAGUCCCCCUCCGGUUCUCCGUCCGCCGCCCCACCGCGUCUUUGUUCGACCGAUGCGGUCUCCCGCCGCCCCAAGGGAUACUCGCACGCACUGCGCAUGGUCGCGCACGGUGCCGGGGUCUUCGUACCGAGGGCCCCCCACCCCGCCUCCCCCAGCGCCCUCCGCCGCCCGCGUAAGCCUUAGCGGCCCCCCCCAAUUGUCCGAUGCCACACCUCGCCCACCCGCUGCCCCCCCCCCAACACCACCACUCUAUAUGUACUCGAAACAAGCACGCAUCAUACCCUCACACAAUAUCGAGCCUGUGCAUUUCCGAUCCAGCCGCAGCUAA